UUUACGACAGUAUUACGACCGUAAAUACGGCAGUAUUUGACAGGCUGGCGCGGAAUUUGUAAACAAAGUGAACUGUCCCGUUAUUAAGGUUUUAAUUGGCAUGUUUUAAUGGCUUAGCGUCAUUAUCUCUCUUUUUGGUUAAUCGGUAGUGAGGUCAGUAAAAAGGUGAGGACUUUUAAGCUCAUUGUAAACGUUUUUUGGGAGCGGGUAGUAGCUUUAUCUAGCUGCCCGAGCUAACAUGCUAACACACAGUUGUCAGACAGCAGCGGGGUUGUCUGGAGGACAGGCUGCCUCAUGUGAGAGCCGCCCGGCAUGCUGGCAGUGAACCUCCUCGGUAGAUAUUUGCUUCGCUCGGGACUACAGCAGCCAGGCGUCCAGUGGAGGUGUAUCUUUGCGGCGCAGAUUGGCCGGUGUCCGGACACACCGCAGCAGUCAGACAUGCUACGGGGCCGGGGUCACAUCACACGGGUCCUCUGCGUCGCCGAGAAGAACGAUGCAGCUAAAGGCAUUUCAGAGAUCAUGUCCAGCGGCAGGUCCAGGAGGAGGGAAGGACUGUCAAAGUUUAAUAAAAUCUAUGAAUAUGAAUAUCAUCUCUUCGGUCAAAAUGUGACGGUAUCAAUGACGUCAGUAUCAGGCCAUUUACUGGGUUUAGAGUUUAAAGCGCCAUUCCAGAAAUGGCACAGUUGUAAUCCCGUGCUGUUAUUUGAUGCUGAGGUAGAGAAGUACUGUCCAGAUAACAUGGUACAAAUCAAGCGGACACUGGAGAAAGAGGUGAGGCAGUGCCAGGCCUUAGUCAUCUGGACUGAUUGUGACCGAGAGGGAGAAAACAUUGGCUUUGAAGUCAUAGAUGUCUGCAAAGCAGUGAAGCCAAAUUUACAAGUCUUCCGGGCAAAGUUUUCUGAGAUCACGCCUAACUCCAUACGGAGAGCCUGUGAGACCCUAACUGAGCCAGACUCUAACAUCAGCGAUGCUGUUGAUGUCCGCCAGGAGCUGGACCUGCGGAUAGGUGCAUCCUUCACUCGCUUCCAGACGCUUCGCCUGCAGAGGAUCUUUCCACAGUCUCUGGCCAAUCAGCUGAUCUCAUACGGCAGCUGUCAGUUUCCCACCUUGGGCUUUGUGGUAGAGCGUUUCAAAGCCAUCCAGGCUUUCAUACCUGAGACUUUCUACAAGAUCAAAGUGCUGCAUGAGGUGGAGGAGGACAAUGUAGAGUUCAGUUGGACGAGAAACCGUCUCUUCCACCACACAGCUUGCCUGGUGCUCUACCAGAUCUGCAUGGAGGAUCCCAUAGCAACAGUCACCUCAGUAACCAGCAAGCCCAAGAGCAAGUGGAGGCCGCUGCCUUUGGACACAGUGGAGAUGGAGAAACUGGUAUCUCGGAAGCUGAGAAUAAGUGCCAAAGAGACCAUGAAAAUUGCAGAAAAACUCUACACCCAAGGGUUUAUCAGCUACCCCCGUACAGAGACAAACAUUUUCCCUGCAACCCUGGCUCUUGGUCCCCUGGUGGAGCAGCAGACACAGAGUCAGGACUGGGGGACGUUCGCCCAGCGGGUGCUCGACCAGCCUGGGGGUCCCAAUCCGCGACAGGGCAAGCACUCUGACGAAGCCCACCCCCCCAUACACCCCACCAAGUUCACCAACACACUACAGGGCAAUGAAGGUCGUCUGUAUGAGUUCAUCGUCCGGCACUUCCUGGCUUGUGUAUCCCAGGAUGCUGUGGGGCAGGAGACUGUGGUGAACAUAGACAUCGCUCAGGAGAAGUUCUCUGCCUCGGGACUCAUGAUCAUUGCGAGGAACUACCUGGACGUUUACCCGUAUGACAGGUGGAGCACCAAGGUGAUUCCAGUGUAUGAACAAGGCACCCAGUUCCAGCCCUCUGCUAUUGAGAUGGUGGACGGACAGACGAGUCCUCCGCAGCUGCUCACUGAAGCCGACCUCAUAUCGCUGAUGGAGAAGCACGGCAUCGGCACAGACGCAACACAUGCAGAUCACAUUGAGACUAUAAAGAGUCGCAUGUACGUGGGCUUGACAGCUGACCAGAGGUUUCUCCCUGGAGAGCUUGGCAUGGGACUGGUGGAGGGUUAUAACUCCAUGGGCUAUGAGAUGUCUAAACCAAAUCUGCGUGCUGAAUUGGAGGCGGACCUCAAGCAGGUAUCAGAGGGAAGGAAGGACAAAUGGAGCGUGCUGCAGCACCACAUCCAGAAGUACAAAACUGUCUUCAUUGAGUCUGUCAGGAAGGCAAAGAAGUUAGAUGAAGCCUUGUCGCCAUAUCUGGGUGCAGCCCAGGAGAUCACUGAAGCAGAGCAGCAGGACAUGGAGAUCCCGCUGCCAGUCAGAAAGUGCCCGAACUGCGGGCGGGACAUGGUGCUGAAGAAGAAGAGAGAGGGAAACAGUAAGUUCCUGUCCUGUGUGGGCUACCCAGCCUGUAAGACAGCAGUGUGGUUCCCCGAUACAGUGCUGGAGGUCAACAGAGAUGACAGCAUUUGUCCCACCUGUCAGCCGCGCCCUGUUCACAUGUUAAAGUUCAAGUUCCGCAGGGGCAGCCUCCCUCCCAUGAUGCCUUUAGAAUUUGUUGGCUGCAUCGGUGGAUGCGACGAGACACUCAGAGAGGUGCUGGACCUGAAAUACCUCCGAGCAGGGGGAGGGGGAGGAGGUGGACAAGUGGGAGGAAGGGGAGGCGGGGGAGGAGGGGGAGGAGGGGGAGGAGGAGGAGAGGACCCUCGCCCACCAGCUCCAAGACCCCCCAGACCAGAGCUACCCAGAGCCCCAAGAUCAAAUCCUCGACCUUCCCUUCCACCUCCUGUCCCCUCCUGGGCCCCGCAGCAAUGGCCUCCACCAGGUGGUGGCGGCGGCAUCAGUGCAGACACCAACAGUGAUGUCAUUGUGUGUAACUGUGGUCAGGAUGCGCUCCUCCUGACUGUGCGCAAAGAUGGUCCCAACCAAGGGCGUCAGUUCUACAAGUGCAACGCCGGGAACUGCAACUUCUUUCUGUGGGCGGAUCAGCCGAGUCAGCAGGGACCACCGCAGAGUCGAGGACCUCCGCUGCCACCACCAAGGACCUCCCAGCCUCCGAGGCCUUCACUGGGGUUCAGGAACCCCCCCGCAGGAGGCUGGGGGCAGGUAGGGCCUGCAGGAGCACACGGGGACCAGACGAUGUGUAACUGUAAUGAGGCAGCAGUGACACGCACGGUGCAAAAGGACGGUCCAAACAAGGGCCGAAUGUUUCACACCUGCGGGAAGCCGAGAGAUCAGCAGUGUGGCUUCUUCCAGUGGGCUGACGAGAAUGUACCGCCACCAGGUGGUGUUGGUGGUGCAUUUAAUGGCGGUGGAGACGGAGGGAAGAGGGGAAGGAAGAUAAUGGGAGACGCCGCCGCUAACAAACCCCCCGCUGCUAAGAAACCACGUACCUGCGGCAUCUGCCACUUGCCAGGACACACCCGAGUCACCUGCCCCCAGCGGUGACAAGCUGACGGGUUAGAGCGUGUAAUCACAUUUUUUUUCCAGGAACUCCAAUUAUAAGUACCGUAGAAUCUUAUCCAGAUCUUGGAUCCUUUCUGGGAAGAAACAACUUUGAGUCAUAUAAUAACUUAUUAAAAGCUCCAAACAAAAUAAGAAACUGCAUUUUCCAGUAACAUUUGUGCAUCGCAUUGCCGACUCUGUAAUAAAGACGAGGAAUGUCUAAGACAUUUUUUUUUGUCUCAGGUCAGUUAUAAACUAGAAGUUUUCUUUCUGUUUUUCAUCCAGCUCUGAUUUCUCAGAUCUGCCAUGUGCUUGUUUAGGAAUUUCUGGCCACUGGGAGAAAAGUCAGGGGUCAUUUUUGGGGGUCCAGUUAACCUUUUAUUUUUGUUUAGUCCUAAAAGAUGCCGGACAGGUUACGUCCUAGAAUCCUUAAAGAAAUGAUUCAACAUUUUGGGAAAAAUCCGCUUAUUUGCUUUAAUGUGAAAUUGAUACCACUCACAUCUGUACCAUAAAUAUGUAGUGUGUCUAACUCUGCAAGAAAGCAAAUAAGCAUAUUUCCCAAAAUGUUAAGAUAUACUUUUAAAGCUUAGUGCAUAAGCAGACCAUACGUUUUAAACUGAUUGUCUGAACUUUCUCGCUGCCUGAAGAAAACGCUCCGAGUACAAGAGGAGUACUCUGAGGAGUUGAACUGCUUUGAAAACUUGUGGGUGUUUGUAGUCGCUGUAACCUGAAGGUAGUGAAGAGUUAAUAGGAAAUUUGCUCAGCUGGCCUUGGAUUCCAUUAAUCCCUUGUCUGUUUUGUUUUCGCUGUAUUCAUGAUCCUAACAGCUUGAGUGAGAGCAGCUGGAGGAACAGAAGCAGUGCUGGAUUUAAUGGGAGAAAUGUGUAUUUUAAAAUAAAACUUAUUUGCACACUGUUAAUUAAUAAUUAAUGGUGUAGUAUUAAUGUGCUGACUGUUGGUUUUCAUUAUUUUCAUCAUCACCUUUAACAGUAUUUUAAAUUUGUUGAUUCGUUGGGGCGCUUGUUGCUGUUGAAACAAACAGCAAACUCUGUUUUUACAUUGUAAAUAUAAUAAGAUAACUAACUGUUGGUUUCUCUCUUGGUAGUCUGUCAGUACCAAAGAUUUCUAUUUUAAUAUUGAUGAAAGCUAAUAAACUUGAAUGUACUGUAA